UCUCCCCGAGCUGCGGUUCCCGGGUCUACCCGCGGUCACCGGUGCCCGCGGUCAGGCCCCCGCUGCCCUUGACCUCCGGCCCCGCGGGCCCUAACCCUAAGCGCAGGGCGCCCGGCAGGACCGGCCCCCGCGGCCAGGUUCUGAUGCGGGCCUUCGGUAGAAGGAGGUUGCUUACGGCUUUGCUGCAGGCUCAGACGUGGCCUUUUCAACCCUCCAGAGACAUGAGGCUGGUGCAAUUCCAGGCGUCCCACCUGGCAGGACCUCACCUGGGCUUGGAGACAGGGAAUGGUGGAGGGGUUAUUGACCUCAAUGCUUUUGACCCCACGCUCCCCAAGACAAUGUUGCAGUUCCUGGAGCAGGGAGAGGCCACCCUCUCAGUGGCAAGAAGAGCCCUGGCUGCUCAGCUGCCAGUCCUGCCACGAUCAGAGGUGACCUUCCUGGCACCAGUCACACGUCCAGACAAGGUGGUGUGUGUGGGCAUGAAUUAUGCGGACCACUGCAAAGAACAGAACGUGCCAGUGCCCAAGGAGCCCAUCAUCUUCAGCAAGUUCGCCAGCUCCAUUGUGGGACCCUAUGAUGAGAUUGUCCUCCCACCCAAGAGCCAGGAGGUGGACUGGGAGGUGGAGCUGGCCGUGGUCAUUGGAAAGAAAGGCAAGCAUGUCAAGGCCACAGACGCCAUGGCUCAUGUGGCCGGCUUCACUGUGGCUCAUGAUGUGAGUGCUCGUGACUGGCAAGUGAAACGCAAUGGGAAGCAGUGGCUGCUGGGGAAAACCUUUGACACCUUCUGCCCUCUGGGCCCUGCCUUGGUGACCAAGGACAGUGUAGCAGACCCACACAACUUAAAGAUCUGCUGCCGAGUGAACGGGGAGGUGGUCCAGAGCAGCAACACCAACCAGAUGGUGUUUAAGACAGAGGAGCUGAUAGACUGGGUCUCCCAGUUCGUCACUCUUUACCCAGGGGAUGUCAUCCUGACUGGGACCCCACCAGGUGUUGGUGCAUUCAGGAAACCUCCUGUCUUUCUCAAGAAGGGAGAUGAAGUCCAGUGUGAGAUUGAAGAACUGGGUGUCAUCAUCAACAGGGUGGUGUGAUGGUUCCUGCACAGGCCCUGCAUCUGCUCCCACUCAGCCUAGCCUAUGAAAAGGCCCAGUGCCAGGCAUGGGCAGAUGCCAGCCCCUGCGAGCUUCUCUUCUAGGUAGAAGGGAGAAUGACAGAGCUUCCCUCAAUAAAUUUGUCAAGCCAAAGCAGCA